GGCUGGAGAAACACGAAGCCGUUGAUCCGCUUGUGCGAGCUGAAGGGGUUCGGUACCACUUCGGAGAGUGGCUUUCCCAGUUAUCCAGCCCAGCGAGCUGCCGGAACCUCCACCCCCGGGCCCGGCAGCCUCUCCGCCUACAGCGGCUUCCAGGGCCGUGUGUGCCCGGCCCUGGGCCCGCCCCUGAGGCGGCGCGGCUGCUCCGCGGGGCCGUAACCAGGAAGCGGGAGCAGGCGCGGAACCAGGGGCCGGGAGCAUGGCGGGCGGCGGCCCGGGGUGUAAAAACCAUUGCCAUGGGCCACAUCGACCUCAUCUGCACAACAGUCACGGUGCCCCCGGGGAUAAGGAUCUGCCAGGACCAUACCCCAUCGUGGAAGACCCCAGCACCUGUGAUAUAGUCAAGGCUACACAGUAUGGAAUCAUAGAGCGAUGCAAAGAACUGGUAGAAGCAGGAUAUGAUGUUAGACAACCAGACAAAGAAAAUGUGACCCUUCUUCACUGGGCAGCAAUAAACAACAGACAGGAGCUGGUUAAAUAUUAUAUUUCUAAAGGUGCAAUAGUGGAUCAGCUUGGUGGAGAUUUGAAUUCAACUCCCCUUCACUGGGCCAUUAGACAAGGACACCUACCUAUGGUCAUGCUGUUGUUGAAAUGUGGAGCAGAUCCCAGUCUUAUUGAUGGGGAGGGAUUCAGCAGCAUUCACUUGGCAGUCCUGUUUCAACACAUGCCCAUUGUAGCUUACCUCUUGUCAAAAGGACAGAACAUAGACACAACAGACUUCAAUGGACAAACACCCUUAAUGUUAUCAGCACAAAAAGUUUUUGGACCAGAACCCAUGAGGUUUCUCUUAAAGUUUAACCCUUCUCUCAAUGCUGUAGACAGCAUUCAAAAGAAUACUGCACUGCAUUGGGCAAUAACAUCAGGAAAUACCAGUGCAGUGGAUCUGUUACUGGAAGCUGGUGCAAGCCUGGACAUAAAAAAUGUCAAGGGAGAAACACCACUUGACCUUGCCUAUCAAAGCCCCAAUCGCCUCAUGGUUUACAUGGUAAAAGAAGAAGAAAGGAUGAGAAACAGAAGAAGUAGUGUGGUGCUGAAAAUCAUAGAGAAAUAUGAGCUCUUCCUCCUGGUGGCAUCUUCUUUGACAUUCAUGUGGGCCAUAGGAUACAUAAUGAACUCAAGUUCUGAUUCCUGGCUUUUGAAAGGAGGUCUGCUUCUUGUGCUGCUCUUUGUGAUGACUAUAUUUGUGAGGCAAUUUGUAGGCCUCAAGAAUCUAAGAUACCUUCCCACAGCAUUUCUGCUAAGUUCAGUUUUUUGGAUGUUCAUAACCUGGUUUUUCUGGUUCCUGCCUGAUGUAAGCAAUAUAAUUCUGGAAAUCACUGUCAUGUUAAGUGUGGUGGGUUUUCUUUAUUAUUUCUAUAAAACUUGGAGAACUGAUCCUGGAUAUAUUAAGACUUCAGAAGAAGAAAGAAAAGAGAACAUUGCAGCUCUUGCAGAAGCAGGUUGCUUGGACUUCAGAACAUUUUGUACGUCAUGUCUUGUAAGGAAACCUUUGAGAUCAGUGCAUUGCUUUGCUUGUAAUUCAUGUGUAGCCAGAUAUGAUCAACAUUCUCUGUGGCUUGGACAGUGCAUAGGCAUUGGGAACCAUCGUUACUACCUGUUGUUCCUGUCUUUCCUGACUAUGACUGGUGUCUGGCUGCUUUAUGGAACUCUCCUGUAUUGGUCAGACCAUUGUGUGACAAGUUAUGAUCAAGAUGGAGCAUGGACAUACUUCACACAGAUAAUGCAGUGUUCUCCCUGGGUUUUCUACAUCUUCUCAAUAGCCUGUUUUCACACUGUUUGGGCUUCAUCCUGGCUAACUGUUCAGCUUUAUCAGAUUGCAUUCUUGGGACUGACCUGGCAUGAAAGAAUGAACCUCCUGAUACAGAGAAAAACUUCUAAGCAUCCUGUUUCACUCAGGAGAACUCCAUACAAUCUUGGAUGCUUCCAGAACCUUGCAGACUUUUUUCAGUGCAGUUGCUUUGGUAUGUUCAAACCCAAUGUAGUUGACUGGACCAAGCAAUACAACCUUUUUCAUCUGACAAAGGAGAAAAAUGCUCAUUCUGUAUGAAGCUUUGAUUGAUUUCUAAAAGUGGUGACUUGAAAGCUAAAUAAAACUGAGUAUUUUGUUAAUUUUUUCAAAUUCUUCAGAAGUUGCUUGUUUUAAUUUUUAGUAUUGUUUUAAAUAUUAAAUCUACCUUGCACAAGUACAUCAGGUUUGUAUAUGGAACAAACACUUUGUGUAUAUAUUGUUUGAGAUGAAGCUAUUUGAGGUUUUCUGUGAUGAGAUGACCCAAGAAUAUAUUUUUUAAAGGUAAGUUUUUAGAGCAGAACUUCAAAACCAUGUUGGUACUCUUUGUAAACUGUGGUACAUUUGGAAAUUCAGGGGAGUGCUCAUACUUGAAAAAUUAAUGUUAUGAUUACCCUGUGAUUUCACUGCUUUUUUUGUGAAUGCCUCUUUUUGAAGUCUUUGUAUUUGGAGGAGUCACAUGUAAUAAAAUAGAACUGC